AUGGGGAAGUUGAGCCGCACAAGCAAGACCUUCUACGCACUAACAGCACCGCGCCUGCACAGGCGAAUGAUGGUUCUUGAAGCCUACCAUUCGCGACUCCUGAAGCUGGCCAGAGCCCUCGACUCCCAUCUAACCAUGACACAGAAAAAGCAACUUGAAAAGAAGUUUGCUAAAUAUCAAGGCCACAAGCAGGGAUAUCCAGACCGCACCGACCAGCAUGGGCUGCCCCAAUGUGCAUCCUUCGUCCGCGAGCUCAUUGUUGGGUCUUUCAGCUUGGGCCACGAGCAUGAAGAUAUUAUCAACCAGUAUUUGGGAAAUGCACUGGACAAUUGGAAGAAUCUAGAAAUAGUAGAAAUUGGUUAUCUGACAAAGCCCAUUGCAGAGAAGAUAGCGUCGCUCGAAAGGCUGAAGGCUCUUUCUAUAAGCACAAACGCGUUCAGUGAAACCGCCGUCAAGUCGCUGGCCAGAAUCCAGGGCUUGCAACAUCUCAGCUUGAUUGAAAUGGAUAGUCAUCAGCUUGCACCUGGCGAAAGCGUACUUGGUAGUCUUAUUCACAAUUCAAAGUCGACUCUCAAGAGCCUUCGAAUAAUGGACACAACAUACACAACCUCAUUUCUAAAUCACUUGAGAGAAACGGUGCCGACUAGCAAAGGGUCUUCGGAUGCCCGACAUCACGCUUUCUCAGCCCUGAAAUCACUCACCUUGGAAGACACGGCUCUGGACACAGAGGUGAUCCGUCACUUGAAGGAUUCGUUUGAUUUCCUGGGACUCGACCAGCUUGAAAUCAGGCGAGGAAUUGGCGCAUCCGAGCUGUUUUUCCAAACACUCGCGAAAAUGGCUACCACAACUUCACAUAUUCGCCUAAUGACCCUAUUCCUAACGCUUUCUAGCGUCAGCAACAACGAGACAGAUGAAGAACUACAGCAACCAGUUACGAUGACGCAGCAGCAUAAGCCACUCAUUGAAGUGAAAUGCCGAUUCAUCUCAGCGUUUACCACGCUCACAUCGUUGGAACUACAUAAUGACUCACGACACAUGAUCGAUACCACCGCGGACCCAGUCAUCGAACAGCAGGUCGUGCAGGCUAUUACCCAACAUAGGGGCCUGAAAAUACUGAAGAUUUCAUAUGGUGAACUUACAAGUAACCGUAGAGUAUCCUAUUUGUCCGCAAGAUCUGUGUCAGCUCUUGUCAACAACUUGCCUCAUCUUGAGGAGAUCGAAUUCGCCCCGGAAGAAAACGAAAUUGAAGACAUUGGUAUUGCGCUGUCGCAUGCAGCUAAACUAGAAGUCCUCACAUGCUACCCCCACCGCAGCCAGCGGCGCUUUCCCUUCAACCCUGCUCCGGGACGGAUCAUUCUUGACGGUGUUAUCAAGGCAUUCCUAUCCCGCGGCAGUGAGGAUAGUGACGAAGGUAAAUUCAUAUGGGGGGACUGCUUCAAACUGAAGAGCAUAUCCGUCAAAUAUCAAAUGUGGGAUGUAGGUUCAAAUCUGGAGAGAACACGGCGAGGAAUGAAGAAGGCGGAAACAAUGGUUAGCACAGAUGGGAAACGCCAGGUGAUGUGUCGUGAGGUUCGGGGAUUGAAGCGCCCCUUUUCAAUGACCUUUGGUCAUGACCCGGAGUACACGUGGGUGAACAAAGUAGCCGAGGAUAUUAAAUAUACCUAG